UAUUGUGAUAUUCGAAAUUAUAGCAGUCUGGCAGCACUGUCAUCUUGUUUACGUUUAUUUGCCAGCUGAGCGCGAACUAAAUGGACUGAAAGUUGUGAACAAACUAAAUUUCGUAAACUAAUAAAUAAAUAUGGACGAGGAAGAGCAUUUACACCGGUUUGGCACACCUUUGGAGCCACUUGAGAAAGAUGAGGUGCCUGCCAAGAAGCCGCUAGCGAUUGAGGAUCAAAUUGUUAAGGAUGAAAAUGGUAAACGCCGGUUUCAUGGUGCCUUUACUGGGGGCUUUAGUGCUGGUUUUUGGAAUACCGUUGGUUCGCUGGAAGGUUGGACGCCACAGAAUUUCAAGAGUUCACGCGGCGAAAAAGCGAGCAAAGUGCAGCAACGGCCUGAAGACUUCAUGGACAAGGAGGAUUUGGGUGAAUUUGGAAUUGCCCCCCAGGGCAUUCGCACACGAGAUGAAUUCGCCAAGGAGAGCGAGCAAGAGCAACGAACGGGUCAGCGCAAGCGUAAGCUUAUGCAGCCACAGGUGGCUGGACCCAUUCCCGGUGUACCUGUCCUAGAACAACUGUUACGUCCCGUACGUGAUAAGGUUGCCGUACGCAUACUAAAGAGCAUGGGCUGGAAGCCCGGUCAGGGAGUGGGCCCGCGACAAACGCGCAAAGAAAAACAACAGGCAACAGCGCGCAACAAAAGGGAACAAUACUUGCUGGACCAUUACGGCGAUGAGGGCCUUCCACAGUUGAGCAAGCAACAGCACAGUGCAGCUGAAGAUGAGGAUGAUAAAGACGAAGACGAAGAUGAGGAUGACGACGUUACCUUUGCUCCCGAUGACUAUGAGCCCAUGUUUUAUACUCCCAAAGACAAUCGCUUUGGCAUGAGUUACUCGGGUCUCAGCCGUGCACCAGUGUUGUCAAAGAGCAGCACGAUUGUAGCACCCAUGCAGCACAUUAACCUCUUUGGCCAGCUGGAGACAGCGGCUAAGCAGAAGCAGCUGUCCAUACGCGGUCAGGCCUUUGGUGUGGGAGCGUUCGAGGAAGAGGACGAGGAUAUCUAUGCAAGGGACGACAUGACACGCUAUGACUUCUCGCUGGCGGAUAAACAGCCCAAACAGAAGAAAACGCAGCAUGUGCAACAGCGUCAUGUGAUCGAUGGCUUCAGCGAGGACAAGACUAAUAGCACCCACAAUAAGCCGUAUGCAAUUGAUUUGCCCCGUGACUUUCAGCCUCGCAACUGGCUCCAGCGUCGCAGCCGGUUUACGCCCUUGGAUGCAGAACGUGCGCGUAAAAUAGCCGAAACGGACUAUAAGAAGGCGGGCCUAGGUAGACAUGAUCUAAAUCCGGAGCAACGUGCUCAAUUGCUUGGCGAGUCACAGGCCAAAAAGAAUCCCUUUAAGACGGGAAGUAGUGUCAGCACACAACAGCAGCAGGAACGCAGCAAGUCCUUGCUUGAGGCAAUUACCGCUAAGAGUAGCAAUUUUACGAAGGGUGGACUCAUUACCACAACCGGCGAGGAACUGCCGGUGGCGUCGAUUGAGCUCAGUAAAGAGCUGCAGCAAUCUAAUGCUGCACUCCAGGCACAGGCUGCCAGCAAGACAAAGAAUUUAGCAUCUAGCAAACCCACCACUGGAUUCAAGCCUUUUCUGGCAGACGAAGCUAAGCAAGAACGCUAUGAGAAGUUUCUGGCAGCAAAUCUUAAAGACGAUAAAGAGAUUACCGAAUUUCUGGCCGAACUACAGCCUGUAACGCUGUCUUUGUGGGAUCGUGAAAUGGAGAAAAAGGAGUUUGUGCAGGCGGCAAAAAUCUAUCGACCACUGGCCGGUCUCAUGCUCGACAGAUUUGUUUCAGAGGCGACGGUGCAGGCACAGAAAGCAGAGGAAGUUCGACCGGAAGAGAAGCUUAAAAUUGUUAUGAAGCGCACAAAGGUUAUGUGGAAGCCUAGCGCGUUGCUAUGCAAGCGUUACAAUAUCGCGGAACCCUUUGGUGGUGCUCUACCAGAAGCCGAAAAGGAACUAAAAGGCAAAGCCAAAAUGUCAAUAUUUGACUACUUAGAAACUUCAGUCAAUACCAAAGCGAAUUUCCAGACGCCUACCAUUAUCCCCAAGCAUAUCGAGCCACCCAAGCAACAGCAGCUGCAAUUGACGCCGUCAACUUCGCAACCAGCAACAGCAGCCAGUGCCGAGGAGAAGGAAGUAGAAUCGACGGUAAUAGCACCGCUGAACUCUGCCAACAGUCCUGCGGCCAAGCCUGUUUUUGUGCCAAGGACGCCUCUGGAACACGCGGUAGAGGCAGCACGUGAUAAGCCCAUUUCCGAAAAGACUGAUCUCUUCAAGAGUAUAUUCGAUGACAGUGACGAGGAGCCAGAAUCUACGGCAGCACAGGAACAGCAGCAGCAGCAGCAGCUCCAGACGAAUGUUAAAAUAAAUGACAUGCAAGCUGCUCUGGGCCUGCCAAGCACCACAAUCACGUCUGCGGCUGCGGCCAAUUUGUUGCGGAACAAUUCACCACCACGAGGCAUAUUUGCGGCUCUAUUCAAGCCAGCAGAGGAGCAGGUGAACAAGCCGACAGAACCAGCUCCAGCUAAGUUUGCGCCCAUUGAAGGCAACAAGUUGAAAAUUGCAUACAAAUCGCGCGAGGAGCGGCUGAAAAACGAUAAUGAACUAGCCAUGGCAGAGGUGCCACAAGUGGACCUCUACGGGCCGAAGCUACCCAGUCAGCUGAAGCCAACUGAAACCCAGGCCGAGGCAAGCAUCGAUGCCAAGCUGCAACAGCUCUGGCAGCAGCACGCGCCAAAGAAACGCAAAGCGGAACGUUGGGUGGAACGCACGCUCAGCAGCACCGACGAUAGCGACGAGGAUAGCACCGAUUCCAGCAGUGACGACAGCAAUAAAGCCGCAGCAAAGGCUAAGAAAUCAAAGACCAAGAAGUCCAGCUCCAAGAAGUCCAAGAAGUCAAAACAGAAGGCCAAGAAAAAGUCGAAGAAGAGCGAGAAAUCAAAGCACAAGUCCAAGAAGAAGAAAAGCAAGCACUAGCGCCAAGAG